UAAUUCAUAUAACUUGUCGAGUUAUUUCAUUUCUAAUUUGUAUAUUCAAUUAACUUGUAAAUCGGCGUUCGCGAAAUAUUUAUACAUAUAUUGAUCACGAACGCACGCCGAGACGGGGGAGAAGGUGAUAAUAAUAUAGCUCGUAAACAAAUAAAUAUCCAGGAAAAAUAAAGGUAGUAAAACGUAAUAUGCAUAUAUAAAUACAUCGAUCAUGUGUAACGUAUAGCAAAUAUUGUUUUCUAUAAAAGAGAAUGUGCCGUUUUAUUAUCCGAGCCGCGAAUUAUGAAUAUUUACAUUAACAUGCGAUAUCGCUAAUUAUUCAUUCGUCGAUUAUGCGAGCGAGAUAAAAAAAAAAGCCGCACGCCUCGGUUGGCCGAGGGAGCGAGAGAUCGUUAAGCUGCGCACAUGCAUGCAUAUACAAACAGCGAGGAACGAGUCCGACCAAUUACGCGUCACCGCGCGUGAAGUGCGCGGCAAUGUGACAUGUGACGUUGGAGGCGCGAUUGGUCGGUCUUAUUCGCGGCACAUUAUACACGCACGAUUAUGCAAGUCCAACUGGAUAAGGCUUUAUAAACGCUCUAUUUCGACAUACGGAAUUCCCGGAAGAAAGACACGGGCGUGUCAUACUUGAUGCCGCUCGACGUCGACGUGGCGGCGGCGGCGGCGGCCGGCGAUUCUGCGAAGUUUAUCGACUCUGCGCGUCAAGUGGACAUUUCCCACACCGGAUCGAGGGACUCGAGGGGAAUCGAGCGGCUCGGCGUACGUUCGAACGACUCGGGUGUUUUCCAGAGCCGAUUCGACUCUCGCAUGAGGGUAGGAGAAGAUAUCCAGCCAAGAGAGGAAGAAGCAGCGAGGAGAGCUCGGUGUUCCGUCAGUUCGGCGAGGAUGGAGAACGAGAAGUACUCGUCGGCCAAUCGUAAGCUCAAGACUUACCUGUCGUACGGCGUCGUCCUCCUCGUCGUGUUCGCCUUCGCCGCGUACAAGGCGACGAAGGACAGGGCGACGGCGUCGGUGAUCGCGACCACCCUCGUCGCGUCCGUCUUCCUCAUCGUCUUCCUGAUCUGCGACGUGACGCUGCGCCUGUGCCAGACGCUGGUCUCGUUCACCACGGACGUGGAUCAGCAGUCCGGGGAGAGCUACUGGUCGGUGGCGAGGUACCACUUCGCCCUCAACACCCCGUCGGCGACCAUCGUCGUCAUCGGCGCGCUCCUCGUCCUCUGCCUGAGCAUCACCAUCCGCAGGUGUCCGGUGAGCUACGCCUGGGACUUCGGGCCGUACGUGUGCGUGCCGCUCAUGAUAUUCUCCGUCUGCCUGUUCAGGAUGAGCAACCUGGCCGAGUGGGAGACGGGAUCGCUGUCCGAUCUCAGCCAUAUGAAGGGUCUGGAUUACGGCACCGGUAUGGCGUACAACUUUUACUACGGCUACCUGCGACUCGUCCUACCGUCCAGCGAAACCGUCAAAAAGGGCAUAAUCGAGAAGAUCGAGAACUUCGAGGACAAUCACAACGUGACGUUUCCGGUGCACAAGCUGUUUGUCCUGAUACCGUCGUCCGGGUACAUCCCGCCGGACCUGAAGGAAGCGUCCGACCAGUGGAUGGAGAGCGCGCACGAGCUGGAGGAGGAUAAGCGCAACCGGGCCGGCAACAUAGGCAGGACUUACCGCAACAACGUCUACAAGAUAUAUCCCGAUGGUAGAAAUUCGGGCAGGGAUCCGGUGUACGCGGUGGUGGAAGGCGCGACACCUCUGCUGACGUUUUACGAGGUGCAGAAGCACGAUCAUCCCGAAUCUGCCGUGUACAAGCGAAACAAACGUAAGAUUAUCGAGAUAUUUUAUACAAAACUGCACGAGAUUUUGCAGAGCAACCCGCAAACCAGAGAUUUAUGUGAAUUAAUUUAUUACAAUGAUAACGACGCGAAUGGCGACAGAGUUAACGUUGCGACGAUAAUCUUGGAAAGGAUAUUUGAAUUAGGUCGCUCUGCAAAUAGAUUAGGCGGCACACGUAUGUCCUAAAUGUGUGACAAGUUUCGUAAACUUAUACCUGAUAACUACUGCUAUAAGUUUUAUAAACAUAUACCUGAUAGCGCUACUUCCAUAUGAUUGUACUAUUCUACAUUUAUGUAUAUUUCAACGACUGUUAUACAUAAAUUUAUCUAAUAUUUCUCUGUAGUGCAAAAGAAACGUAAGCGUUUGCACUGCAUUUGACGAAAUAUCCUAUGUCUAUCUCGCCAAAGAAUCUUAGUAUCUGUAGAACCAGUUUUAUGCAUAACAGUCUUCAGCACUGAAUGAAUUUGCUAUGAGAAUAUACAUGACGCACAACAGUGUUUAAAAAUUAUGUUCGAUUAUGUUAUUUUACUCGCAAGUAACGUAUCUUUGUUUUCAUAUUUUAACUUUGUCUCAAUGGAUUUCGGACCAGUGAAACGUAUUGCGACUACGUUAUCUUUUUAGUCUACUUAUUAAUUUUCUCCAUACUUGUAAAAAUGUGACAGAGAUUGAAAUUGUGAUUAAUGCAUGAGCGUAAAAUUUUAUAUAAUUUUAUAAUUCCUUAAAUUCCUUUGCAUGAUUUUAAAACAGGAGCUAUGUAUAUAUGGAAUGUCGUUUUAUUACAUAAAAGUCAUAAAACUUUUUAUUAUGCAAUAUCUGUAUAUACGACUUGAUUGGCCUCGAACUGUCAGGUUUUUAUAAAAAUAUACAGUAAAUACGACAACAGCGAUUUACGAUACGUUUCAAUGCUCAAUAUAAUCUUUUAUACCUCAUAUAGUACUUAAACAUUUUUGUACGAUGUACGAAAUAAAAACACAGUAAAAUUUAUAUAUGUAUAAAACAUGUAUAUGUAUCAUUUAUUCACAGAUACAAGUUCCUUACGAAACACACGUUACAAUCGUCGCAUUGGCCAUUUAUAAAAGGAAGACAUAUGUAAACAGAUCGCUAAUGUCGCGCGGACAUUAAGCACCUUCACAUCCACGGCCGUUCUUUAUAUGCAAAUAUACGUAUUAACAUCGGUCAAGAACUAGCGUCUUGAGAAUUAAAUGAUUUGUAUACAAUACAUAUGAAA